AUGAAGCUCUCAAAAAAGCAGGUGAAGAUCCCACCCAUCCACAAGCUGCGGCCAGGCUGGUCUGCAGUGGCGCUGCACACCGUCAUUUAUCUUCUCCGCCACGACAUCGUAGCAACCAUUGUUGCCAUCUUUGUUGUGCAGCCGCUGUACCACUGGCUGGUUCUGCAGAACACCUAUGUGCAGGGGCUCUCUGACGCCGCCCUCUUCACGCUGGUUUUUGCAGUGCUCUGCCACUGCGUUCCCUGGGCCCUCUUCAACGGUGUCUUCCUCUUCUUCGACAGCCUCCACCCCCAGUAUGGGAUCAAGGGCCUCAGAAACAACGCUCUGCUGGCCCCGCUUGGCCGCAGAAUGGCGGUGUACAAGCUUCCUCGGAAGCCGCAGCAGCUGCCAUCGGCAACGCUCAUCGUCAGCACGCUGUUAGACUCCGCGAUCAAUCACUACCUGGUUAUUCCAGUUGUGCUCUAUGCGUACCUGGUGCACACAAACGCGUGCGUUCUGCGUGCCCCACCGCCGGAUACGGUGAUAGUGGGCUUUGCUUCAGAAGACAUAGUCAACUACAUGAGCGGUCACAACCUGAAGCAAAUUCCGAUUAGCCUUGUCAACAUCGCGUCGCACUUCCUGAUCGCCAACAUAAUUAACGAGAUGGGCUUCUACAUUGUCCACAGCAUCCUGCACUCGAACCCCACGCUGUAUCGUGUGUUUCACAAGAAGCAUCACAUGUAUACGGGCACUAUCAGCCUCGCUGCAGAAUACGCCACGCCGUUGGAGGAAAUUCUCGCAAACGCGAUCCCCACUACUGCGUACUUCGUGUUUAUGUUUUUCCGCUACACGCGCGAGGAAGCAUCGAGGUCGGCCUUCGUCACGUCAGCGCGGGCGUGGCCUCUCUUUAUUACGUGGAUGUGGGCGCGCCUCUGGGAGACAUACGAGGUGCAUAGCGGCUACUGCUUCAGCGAGACGUGGCUGGGCAAGCUUGGCCUAUUGCAUGGGCACCGUGCACGCUUCCACGACUUCCACCAUACGCACAACGUCUGCAACUACGGCAGCGGCCUCUUCAUGGACGCGUUGCUCAAUACGAUGGAUCCAUACGUGAUCUACCGCUACCCAGACAAGCACCCACGCACGAAGACGCUGAAGGAAGAGGAUUUGAAGGAGGCACACGAUCUGGAAGUGGGCAGUGAAGUGAUGGACCAGGUGGGCGCGUGUUCGUAA